UUCGCGGCUAUUAGCCACGAAGAAAAUCGCUAUCACAAUUUCAUUCUACUGCGUUCUAGAGAAAGAGAGAUUGAGACAGUGGAGAUAUGGCAGGAAUUGCUUGCUGUUGCUUCUCAACACUCUCGUCUAGGAGCAAUUUGGGAACAUCGUGGACUUAUCGAGGAGGGAUCGUGACAGGGAGACGACUACCUAGACGAACUUUGGUGAUUAAAGCAGAAGUCAAUUAUGUGAAUGCUGAAGAAGCAAAGAAGCUCAUAGCAGUUGAGGGAUAUGCAAUUCUUGAUGUGCGUGAUAGAACUCAGUUUGAGCGAGCUCACAUAAAAGAUUGUUACCAUAUCCCCCUUUUUAUCGAAAACCAGGACAAUGACUUCGGAACCAUAAUAAAGAGGACCUUACACAACAAUUUUUCGGGUUUAUUCUAUGGCCUGCCUUUUACUAAACCUAAUCCUGAUUUUGUCCAAUCUGUUAAGAGCCAAUUUUCACCUGAAAGCAAGCUUUUACUUGUUUGUCAAGAGGGACUGAGGGCUCCUGCGGCUGCCGACAAAUUAGAGAAAGCAGGUUAUGGAAGCAUAGCUUGUAUAACAUCAGGGCUCCAAUCUGUAACACCAGGGACGUUCAAUUCUGUUGGUUCCACUGAGCUACAAAAUGCAGGCAAAGCUGGUUUGGUUACCGUUCAAGGCAAAAUUUCUGCUGUUUUAGGGACUGUUCUCAUCUGUGCAUUUCUGUUCAUUACUUUCUUCCCCGAUCAAGCAGAAAAGAUCCUUCAAAUGGCCCCUUCAAGCUGAGCAGUAAGCACCGAUCAAUUUGUACCCUGUUCUUUACUGUGAAUUGAAGUAAUUACAAUUUUUUGCGGUCGAAAAGUUUAGAUGGUUAACAACGCCAACUGGGAAGGAGUAGAAUACAUAAAGAUCUGUAGAUGAUGUAAUUUGUGAUCCAAAAAACAGAAAACAAAGGACAGUAAGAUUACUCAGCAAUUUAUUUUGAAGUAAAUAUGCAAGAAUAUGAAUGAGUAUGAUCUUUAGUUAAUUCUACAAUGCAAUUGAGUACAAAUUUUACAUC